UAUUUAGUGACGUCAUAGUUACCCGGCGUGGAACGAAUAGCGUGCGCUACAAGUCGCGAUGGCGUGUCUCGCGCGGUGACCAUGCGUGGAUGGCGCGCAGCUUUGCGCGUGGCACUUAUUGUAUCGUUAGUAGAGUGCGCAUGCGUGAAUUCUACCCAAUCAGCGCCGACGGAAAUCAAAAUUGGCGGGAUAUUUUGCCAGGAGAACAACAACCACGAGUACAAAGCCUUCAAUCUGGCUAUUGAGUACAUAAACAACGACACCAGCAUCCUUCCUGGUACAACCCUGGUACCAAUGACCAACAGCACAAAGUGGCUUAACGCCUUUAACAACAUCGAGGCCGUGACUUGGCAGAUCUUCCAUCAGGCUGUGGCCAUCGUCGGACCUCUCACCUCCCCCAUGGUGCGCGCGACGCAGCCGUUAUGCAGCGGGUUUCAUGUACCACAGGUAGCCCCUUACGCGACAGACCCCGCCUUUGAGUUCUCGCCAAGCUCCUACAAGUACUUACUGCGCAUGCGUAGCAGUGAUUCCAUAGAGAACCGGGCGAUUGCGGAUUUUAUUGGACAUUUUAACUGGACGCGUCUAGGACUCUUCACAUCACGUGACGAUUAUGGGCUGAAUGGCGUCGCUGCCAUUAAGGACAUCGCCUCUCGCAUGGGAUGGGUGAUAGCGGCGGUGGACAGCUUUCGGCAGUUUGAGGACCCCUUGAGGGUAAAUGCCACCCAGCAGCUUGUGCAACUACGAGCUAGAGGAAUACGGAUAAUCAUACUAAACUGCCUGGCCUCGUAUGCCCGCGUCAUCCUCAAGCAAGCGAGUGAACUUAACAUGAUUAAAGAUUACGUGUGGAUCGUCAAAAACGGAGCAUUUUCGUUCAAAGGCUUGUUUGACUCUGAAGAUAAUGUCCCGGACUAUAUGCAAGGGGUGGUUGGUAUGCGGACCUCUUUUCGUGGUGGUGUGUUACAGGAUGAAGUUAAGAGGGCCUGGGUGAGUGCCGGUUAUGGAGAGAUGGCGAUCGAGAACGAAGACGCAGUCGGGCAUACUUUUGAUGCGGUUUUAGUGUUGGCGCAUGCGCUCCAUAACAUGUUAAACGAUGGACACAAUAUCUCGAACGUCCAACCCCAAUUCGGCUUUUACGACGGCCUCUCGACAGAACCCCGACCAGAUGGCGCCACACUUCUCGACUACAUUUCCCAAGUCAAUACCACUGGAGUGAUGAAUCAAUUAGGCUUCGAUAGCAAUCGAUCACCCGUCGACGUCGCUUUCGACGUUGUCAAUUUGCGGGCGUUUGGCUUUCAAAAGGUCGGCUAUUGGAAUGUAGAGGAGGGGCUUCACCUUGAUAACAAAAAGGAGAUCGUGUGGCCGUCUGGGAGGGUGUAUGUUCCGACAGACAGCACCCACAUAUUAGAAAACAGAACGCUGAAAGUUGUUACCAUCGCAGAAGCUCCGUUUAUAUUUGCGCAAACGCAAACAAACGGCCAGGGUGAAACCAGAGUCAUCAUAGAGGGAUACUGCAUAGAACUUUUGCGUAAGUUGUCCGAAAUGCUACGCUUUAAGUUUGAAAUCUACCUCGUUCCUGACAACAACUUUGGCGCUCAGGAUCCAGUAACAAAAGAGUGGAAUGGAGUGGUAAGGGAAGUUCUGAACGGACGUGCGGAUCUAGCUGUGACCUCCCUAACGAUCAGCCCUGAAAGACAAAAGGUGAUCGACUUCACACAGCCCUACAUGGAUCUGGGUCUUACAGUCCUAAUCAAACCUGAUCCAACAGAGGAAAAAAACCCCUUUGCUAUCCUACGCCCAUUCCGUUAUGACCUCUGGAUGGCUAUAGGAGGAACUAUGAUCAUCGUCGGGUUCUUUCUAUGGCUGUUCAGUACUUUUAGCCCGUUUGGAUUUUACGGCCGAUGCGUUCAGAAGUGUCACACGAAGAUUGAACCGAGGUAUCUGAAACUACAUGACACGCUCUCUCUUGUCCGGGCACUAUGGUCCACGGUGGUCUACUACGUCGGACAGAGCUCGGAUCAUUUGCAUCCGGUCAGUUCCUCGGGUCGUAUCACUGUGGCGGUUUACUGGUUUGCGAUGCUCAUUGUAAUGUCUACAUACACAGCUAACCUCGCGGCGUUUUUGACAAUCAAACGAUUCACUUCACCAAUAUCGAGCGUCGAUGAUCUUGCAAGACAAAAGGAUAUUUCGUAUGGCACGGUGUUAAAUAGUCAGCCUCAAGCGUUUUUCGAGUCAGCGUCCGUACCCAGCUUUGUCACGAUGUGGCAGUACAUGCGCUAUCACCACACGUUCGUGAAUAACAGCGCAGAGGGAAUCGAGAAAGUCAUGAACGAGAACUACGCGUUUAUAUGGGACUCCGCGGUGCUUGAAUUCGUAGCACAUAACCAGAUAUCAUGCGGGACUCUGAUCACUUCUGGAAGCGUCUUUGGUAGAAUCGGGUACGGCUUUGGGCUGGCCAAGGACUCACCAUACACCAAGCAACUGAGUAACGCAAUCCUACAGCUCCGUCACGCUGGCUACAUGGAGUUCCUUGACCGGAAGUGGCUGAAAGCAAAUGACAAGUGCGCAGAGGCUGCUGAGAAGGCGAAGAGUGAGAACCAGCUGACUUUCGAGGAUUUGUCGGGUGUCUUUAUUGUCCUUAUUGCAGGUAUUGGUGUCAGCUGUGUGGUUCUAGUACUUGAAUGGAUAUGGGCUUCGUGGCAAGACACUAAAGAGAGCCUUAAGACAGAGGGGACUCGACGUUCCUUGAAAGCGGCCCUCAAGGAGAGGGGCCAUCGGGCCUUCCACGACUGGCACCACCGGGAUGAUGUCCCUCAGGUGCACCGGCACGCCAAACAUUGCUGGACAAACGCGAAGUUCUGUCUAGAAGACCAAGUUCUCCAAUUACUGCAGUCAGUGAAGCGAAAAGUCUGCGGUGACGUAGCACCGUCUGUAUCCGAUAUAGCGCUCGGUGAGACCACCAUUGUCGAGGAUUUGGAAAGAGUCAUAGAAAACGAGAGUAGUGAUGACAGCCAUUACGAGGUGUGAACGAGAAAUUGUCUCCAUGAAAACUCGUGUGGGUACAGAAUUCAGUCCCACAGAAUCCAGCUCCUCCGUAAAGAUCAGUGAUUUCUAUUUCGUUUUCCUUUUAAAAAUAGACUGUGAGUGUUCUUAUCAAGGAUUUUAUGAAGCAGAAUAAAAACAAACAAAACCGUCUA